AUGGUCUUUAUCACCAUUCAUUAUAGCACUCCAUUUGGACAAGCAGUUUGUCUCGAAGUUUCAGGAGAAAAAAAGUUAUAUAAAUUGAACUAUGUUGAUAAUAACACAUGGUCAGGAGAAGUUGCAUUUGCAUCAACUGGUCUUAUUAAUUAUCGUUAUCUUAUUACAAAAGAAGAUGAUUUAACAGAAAUCUUUAGAACUGAAGGAUCAAAAGAAUCAUAUCCACACUUUCUUGAUUUAACUAACUUGAAAAGCUUUGGUAAAGUAGAAGUUAAUGAUAUUUUUAUUUCAGGAUUUGAUGCUGAAGAUACUUUCUUAACUACUUCUUAUUUCAGAAAAGUUAUUUAUGGUAAAAGACAAGAAGAAAAACUUUCAAUUAAGAAAUUAGGUCAAACUACUCUUCUUCUUAAGGUUAGAUGUACUUGUGUUCCAGAAGGUCAAUGUGUAUUUGUUGGUGGUGCUAUUGAAUCUCUUGGUAAAUGGGAUGUUUCUAAAGCUAUUAAAAUGACACCAACCCAUGUUCCAUAUUAUGAAGCCCUUAUUGAUAUUUCUAAUGAAACUGCUUCUUUUGAAUAUAAGUGUUUCAUUGCUGAUGCUAACUCACGUACUAAUGCUAGAUGGGAAGAUAGAUCUAAUAGAGUUUAUUACAUUGCUCCAGUUGCUGAAGAAGAAAAUGCAGAAAAAACUAAACCAGUUGAUACUCUUAUUGUAAAAGAAGAUAACGAUUUUAGUGGACUCUAUUAUAGAGGAGCUGCUGUUGUUACUCCAGUAUUCUCACUUAGAACUAAAGCAUCAUGUGGAUGUGGUGAAUUCCUUGAUUUGAAAAAAGUUGUUGAUUGGUGUAACAUUACUGGAUUAUCAUUAAUUCAAACCCUUCCAGUUAAUGAUACUACUGUUUACUUUACUUGGAGAGAUUCUUAUCCAUACAAUCCAAAUUCAGUACAAGCCCUUCAUCCAAUGUAUCUUAGACUUAGUUCAUUAACUGAAGACCCAGAAAUUCUUGCUGAAAUUAACUCAGUUGCACAAAAACUUAAUGCUUUAGAGCAAAUUGACUAUGAGGCUGUCCUUAAAGAAAAAGAAACAAUUACAAGAAAAAUAUUCUCAAAAGUUGGAACUACUCAAAAGGGAUUUGACGAAUUCAAAAAGAAUGCUGGUAAGUGGUUAAUUCCAUAUUGUGUUUAUCGUGCUCUUAUUAAAUCAGUUGAUACACCAUUACCACCAACACCAAAAGACUUUGCUGAAGUUGAAGCUAUGUAUGCUGCUAACAAAGCAGAGUGUGAUUACUAUGCUUUUGUCCAAUACAAUCUUCAUUUACAACUUAAAGAAGCUAGUGACUAUGCUGCUGACCAUAAGGUUGCAUUAAAAGGAGAUCUUCCAAUUGGAGUUUCAAAGAGAUCUGUUGAAUGCUGGAUGUAUCCAAAUCUUUUCCAUCUUGAUAAAUCAACUGGAGCACCACCUGACUACUUCUCAGCUGGUGAAGGACAAAAUUGGGGAUUCCCAACAUAUAAUUGGGAUAAUAUGGCUAAGGAUGAUUAUGCUUGGUGGAAAGGAAGAUUAUCUCAAAUGUCACAAUAUUUCAAUGCAUACAGAAUUGAUCAUAUUCUUGGAUUCUUUAGAAUUUGGGCUAUUCCUGCUAUUCAUAGAACUGGUCUUCUUGGUAGAUUCUCUCCUGAUUUACCAUUUUCUAGACAAGAACUUGAGGGAUAUGGCAUUUAUGAUACUGAUAGAUUAAGUUAUCCAUAUAUCAGAGAUCAUACUUUAGACAGUCUCUUUGGUGAUGAAAAGAACUUUGUUAUUUCAAAAUUCCUUGUUAAUAAUUAUAACGGAACUUAUAACUUAAAACCAGAAUUCCAAAGUGAAGGUGCUAUCCUUGAAAAGACUGGACUCUCUCCACAAUUUAGAGAAUCAGAUAAAAAAAUUGUUAAUGGACUUAAACUUCUCUUACAAAAUGUAUGUUUGAUUAGAGACGAACAAAAUCCAAAUUUGUUUGUUCCAAGAAUUGAUAUGGAAAAAACAUAUUCUAGCUUCAAUGAACUUGAUCACUGGGUACAAGAAGGUCUUAAGAGAUUAUAUAAUGAUUACUUCUAUAAGAGACAUGAAGGUCUUUGGGAAGCUACUGCUAGAAAGAGACUUCCAGCUAUGGCUAGAGCUUCUAAUAUGCUUGUUUGUGGUGAAGAUCUUGGAAUGGUUCCAGACUGUGUUGUUAGAGUAAUGAACGAUAUGAAAAUUAAUUGUUUGAGAAUUCAAAGAUUAACUGAUACUCCAAAUACUCUUUUCUAUCAUCCAGCUGACUAUCAAUACCUUACUGUCUCAGCUCCAUCUGGACAUGAUAUGUCAACUAUUCGUGGAUGGUGGGAAGAAGACAGAUAUAAGACUCAAUAUUUCUGGGAACAUCUUCUUGGAAGAUCUGGAGCUGCACCAUUUACUUGUCCUAUUGAUGCCGUUAAAACUAUCUUUGAUAUGCAUUUGUAUGGACCAGCUAUGCUUGCUUGUUUCCCACUUCAAGAUAUUCUUUCACUUAAACUUAAGUAUAUUGAAGGACGUGAUCCAAAAUUAGAACAAAUUAAUGACCCAUCCAAUCCAAUCCAUUACUGGAGAUAUAGAUGCCAUGUUGACAUGGACGAAAUUAUUGCUGACAAUGAUUUGAACAAUGAACUUAGAACUGCUGUUGAAAAAUCUGGCAGACACCUUUUCUAA